AUGAGAUGCCUGAAUGAGGGCGUGCGGAGAUUGUCGACAUCGACGGCGCAGCGCACGAAAUGGCAGGACAGCCAUCGACCGGGGUCGAUCACGCCCGAUCUAGGCGACAAGAAGCCGACGCACAUUAUUGUCGGCGCCGGCUCGGCGGGUUGUGUGCUAGCUAACAGGCUCAGCGAAGAUGCUUCAAAUCGUGUGCUUCUCAUCGAGGCCGGACCCCGGGACCACUGGUGGGACUGGCGCAUCCAUAUGCCGGCCGCUCUCAUGCACAACCUCAACCACAACCGCUACAACUGGUACUACCACACCGUCGCCCAAAAGCACCUCAACAACCGGACGUUCUACAACCCGCGCGGGCGUGUGUGGGGCGGCAGCUCGACGCUGAACGCAAUGUGCUACGUGCGUGGCCACGCGCACGACUACGAUCGUUGGGAGAAGGAAGGAGCAGAUGGAUGGGCGUAUAGAAAUUGUCUGCCUUACUUCAAGAAAGCGGAGACGUACGCGGACGCGAAACCUGGCGAUCCGUAUCGUGGCACAGACGGCCCGUUGAAGGUGAAACGCGGUAAUGCGGAUCAUGUGCUGCAUCGGGCUUGGCUGGAAACUGGGAAGCUGCAUCCUGUCGGUUACACAGAUGAUAUGAAUGGCUUCAAGCAAGAGGGGAUCGCCAAGAUGGACAUGACGAUUCAUGAUGGGUACCGGUGGAGCGCGUCCAGAGCCUACUUGUGGCCGAUUCUGGGGCGCCCGAAUUUGCACGUCUCUUCCGGCAUCACUUGUACAAAAGUGUUGACUAAUCAGGGUCGCGCCAUCGGCAUCGAAUUCAUCAGACAACAAAACUUUGCUGGCGCCGAAACGGUCAACGCUCAUUCUCGCGAGAAGCUCUAUUGUGAAGACUCUGUCAUCCUCUCCGGCGGCGCCUUCAACUCGCCACAAAUCCUUCUGCUGAGUGGAAUCGGCCCCGGUGAUCACUUGCAGAGUCUCGGCAUUGAUGUCGUCCAGGAUACGCCUGGCGUUGGGCAGAAUUUACAGGACCAUUUGGAGAUCUACGUGCAGCAAAAGUGCACCAAGCCGGUCACACUGUACAACAAAAGCUCUUGGAAAUUCCCGCAUAACAUGAUCGCCAUCGGAGCCGAGUGGUUUGCAAGGCGGACCGGGCUAGGGGCAUCAAGCCAUCUGGAGACUGGCGGGUUUGCGAGGAGCAGUGAUGACGUCGCGCAUCCGGAUAUUCAAUUCCAUUUCCUUCCCUCUACCGUUCACGAUGAUGGUCGCGGUGUCGGACAAUGUCAUGCUUAUCAGGUUCAUGUCGGUCCGAUGCGAUCGCAAUCAGUUGGAAGUGUGCGAUUGCAAAACAAAGACCCGCGACGGCCUCCUAUCAUCGACCCGAACUACUUCUCCGUUGAUCAGGAUCGCCGUGAAUUCCGCCGCUGCAUCCGGCUCUCGCGUGAACUUUUCGCCCUGCAACCUUUCGACGAGUUCCGCGGCGAAGAGCUGGCCCCAGGCAGUGACUGUGUUUCGGAUGCCCAAAUCGACAAUUUCGUCAAGGCCUACGCGGCCUCUGCCUACCACCCGUCGUGCACCUGUAAGAUGGGCCCUGAGAGCGACAAGAUGAGCGUCGUCGACCCAAAAUCGUUGAAUGUGCAUGGAUUUGAGAACUUGAAGGUAGUUGACGCCUCGAUAAUGCCUUCGGUGGCCAGCGGCAACCUCAACGCGCCAAUCAUCAUGAUGGCCGAGAAAGCAGCCGAUCAGAUCCGCGGCCACGGCAUGCUGCCCCCAAAUGAUGCACCUGUGUGGCACCACACGAAA